CAAUUCCAGCGCGUUCAGGAUACGGUUAUAAACUUAUAGUGUGUAUCAGUCUCCUAAAGAAUAUUGUUCUUUUGCGAUUGGCAUGACUUCCACUUGCGCGAGCUUUGGAAAUGAAAGGUUGAACUGACAUGGAAGUCACGAUGAGCUCGCCCGCUGCAGUAUGGACAGGCACUCGCGAGCAAUUGCAAAGUCGUCCAGAAACGCAGAAAACACCCGAAACAGAAGGCUACGCUCGUGUUUAUGUCGACGACAGAGGAGUCAUGGGUUGGGAAUCACGUGGUCUGGAACCGAGUGUACGCUUAAUGGAACAGAAGAAGGAACAGCCGAUAGUGCAGUUCCAGACUGCAAUAAAAGCGUUAUUAAUCACAAUUAAAGCAGUGCAGGAACAAGUGAAAUCAUGCAUAAAACGAGUUUUAAAUUCCGUGGUAGCAAACGCAUAAAGCCCUAAAGAUAUAAUUAUUCCAACUUCGAGAAACUGUGCCGAUUAGUGUGAAUCAGUUUUGAGUUGUGCUUAAAAGUCAGUUUUGCCGACGUCGGAGACAGUGAUUUCAGCUUUGCAUGGGAUUUGGGAGCCUUUGAACCACGAUAUAGCGAUACGCUAAUACGAAACCUGGCAGUUUUAUUGCCGACUACAGUCAUUAUGCGUUUUGCUUCCCCGAUGGAAUCGAAAACUGUGAUUAUACUUUUGGUUUUAACGGUUCCAUCAUUUGCCAGCCCGCGUUCAGUCAGCGUUCAGUCAGAUCAAAAACCCAAGAUAUGGGACGCUUUAGCGCAGAACAGCGGUCGCGGAAAGCUGUCCAUCGAUGAUGCGCGUGACCUGUACAUCAACGCCAAAGCAGGCCAAGACUAUCCAAAUCUCAGCGAAAUUCCAGCUGGCAGUUUCGACUGCGGUUCAGUUAAACCGGGAUUUUAUGCCGAUGUCGAUUAUCAGUGUCAAGUCAUCCGGCGUUGUGAUGUCAAUGGAAACCAGACGGCCUAUUUGUGCCCUAAUUUGACGAUUUUCAAUCAGAUCACUUUGGUCUGCGACUGGUUUUACAAUGUGGACUGCAGUCAAGCGCGGAAGUGGUAUGACUACGCCAACAGCCGUUUGUACCAGGGCGCCGAUGUGGUGCUGCUGGACAAUCAAGACCAGAUCGGCGAGGGGGAACUGGAAGCCGUAAUACCGGCAGCAACUGCCGUCUCCAGUAAGCCGACCAGAAAGAAGGCGUUUACUAUGAGGGCGACAAGUGAUGCACCAACACUGGUAACUCGGGAAGACGAACCAUCAACGCCGGCCGCUCCCUUGGAAAUGGUUUAAUGCUCGCAACCUGCCUCCUCCGAAAAAUGCAGCGAGGAGUCGGGGAUACACCCUGCUUUUCCAUUUACCAGCCCUAUUACAGUUGCAGCUUUUAGCCGAUUUUAACAAAAUUUUCGGGCACAGAAAUUAAAUGCAAAUUAAAAGUUUUGAUUGUCGGGUGGUUUGUGUCAGUUUUGUCUUUGGUUUGGUGAUAUUACAUUGUUAUCACAUUCCAAAAUAAAUUACUUAUGUGCAAUAAAGAAUCAGUU